GAGUGGCGGCAUUCUCAUGGUAUGCGCUGUCUCGGCAUUCCAAAUACUGCACAUUUUGCCAAUAUAACAAAGAUAUCGGAUGCUGUUGACUUGUGGGGAAAAAUACGACGACAGAAAGAAUCUUUAAAAUGGAACCCAGAGCAUGACGAGGAAUUCGAAGAUUCUGCAGGAAAUGUUGUCAACAGACGAACUUUCGAGGAUUUGAAAAGACAAGGACUUCUUUGA